AAAUUGUUUUGGCACAAGAUGAAAAACGUGAAGAGACGAUAAUAACAUCUUUGAGCAGUGGACGUCUUUAUGACUGCUGUGGAGGCAAGUGUCAAGGGCCAAGGGGGAAGUGUACAGGGCACAGUGUAUCACGUGUGACUUACUAUAUCAUAAAGUACAUUUUGUGGCUGUUGUUUUCUCUUACUGCCAUUGAAUUCAUAUUUUGUCGAAGCAUGUUUCGUGUAAAUAGUUCGGACAUGUCGAGACAGCUCUCUGUUGUAUGGAAGAUAUACUCCCACAGCGGUUUCAACUCAGGCAUCAGCAGACGAUCAUGGCUUCCGUGUUUGUGGUAGCUGUCUUCAUUGUUGGUCUUGUGUUGACAACUCAUGGCGGAGUCUACAUUUUCCAGUUGGUUGACUGGUAUGUCGGGGCAGUGGCAAGUUAUGUUAUUGCUGUUCUAGAGUGUCUGGCUGUUGGCUGGUGUUACGGUGCUGAGCGUUUCUCAGCUGAUGUGGAAAUGAUGACUGGGAAACGUCUUCCUGUAAUCUACAAAGUGUCCUGUUUCAUCAUUACCCCUGUUGUAAUGGCUGUAGGUGGUUUGAUCUUACACAUUUCAUAA